UUUAUUGUUUGCUAUUCCCACACACAAACUUAAACACUUUCCAUUGACUACAGAGUUGACUGGUUUUGAAGACUUCAAGGUGUUACAAAAAUCGUCUCAGACGACGUAUUGAAGUUGAAAGUUGGGUUCACAGGAAGAUAAAGAAAAAGCUCUGCGAAAUGGCGUUUCUCGGACGAGUCGACGGUCAAGGAACCCUUAUCGACUGUGAGGUAUUCUGUGGCCACAUCACGAAGAUCCAGCCUCAUCAGGAUUCAGCCUCCCCCAUCAGAGAAGACGAGGCGAGUGUACUGCUGCCACGGAAGAAGGGCUCCAGGACCUACAUCAAGACCUACGACAAGGACAGCCUGCUGCGCUCCAUGGGAAGCCCCAGCACGGUGCGCUACGUGGGCAGCUCCGUGUCGUCCAGUGAAGUCAACUCGUUGGACGAGACGGAGACCUCCACCCUGCGCUGCUGCUCGGUUAUAUCCUCGGGCGACCCGGCGGAGCACCACGAUGAUCUCGACCUGCUGACCGAGUCGGAAACGCUCUGCCUGGCCAUGGACAGUCCCAGCAGCAGUUGCAGCAGUAGUCAGAGCAGCGGCAGCGGCAGUAGCAGAUCCUCCUCCUCCCGGGAUGACCAGCCAACGGACAAGGACUCGACGACCUCCAUGUGCAGCUGGGAAGAGAUGCCACUCAGCCUCAGCCUGCCGCCGCUCCACCUGGGCUCCCACGGCGGAUCGCCACCGCUCACCUACACCCGCCGCCUGGAUCCCAUCCGGGUACAGCGAUCCUCCAACGAGGCCUACGAGAACUGGCUGUCCGGCAAGCGACGUCAGUGCCAGUACAGGAUGCAAGCGGAGCAGGCCGAGAAGGAGGAGCAGCGGCAACGAGUGGCGUUGCGUCAGCGGAUGGCCAAGGAGAAGUACCAGGAGUGGUGCCGCCAGAAGGCGCGACAGACCAACUUCAGUUCCUCCAAGCCCGUCCGGCCUGUCCAGACACCAAUCCCAAAAAAUCCAGCCUCUGUGCAGCACCACCUGCAGCAGUGGGAGCUGCAGAAGAUUAGGAUGGUCGAGGAGCGACGCCAGGAACUGCGAAUGGCCGAGCGGCGGCGACAGCAGGAGAAGGUGAACCGCCAGCAGCAGGCGGAGCAGGCCUUCGAUCGGUGGAUGAGCAACGUGGCCCAACGACCCAAGCCGGUACCCUCCAGCCAGGGAAUUCAGUCGCUGCGCGGCACCGUUUCCAAAAUAUUCAUUAACCCCAAUCAGUGGGUAGAUUGAGGAAAAGGAGGUGGCUUGAAAGAGUUGUCGAAAAAGUGAUUGGCCUAGACAGGAUUGUCCAAAGGCGAGACUCAGCUCGCCCAGUGAAACCAAAGUUUUUAACACGUGAAUCCAUAUUUACCCAUUUAACACUAUUAAAUACCCGAAAAA